GCAUUUAUGGAUGAGGUAAAUGUUACCUAUUUAACGUUGGAUGGUUAUGUAGAAAUGAACAAAUACAGGUAUUUGUAUUUUACUAUUAUCCUGAUAGUGUAUAUUCUAAUAAUAUGCAGUAAUGCCACUAUUGUGUAUCUUAUCUGGAUUCACAAAAACCUCCAUGAGCCGAUGUACAUCUUCAUUGCAGCUUUGUUAUUCAACUGUGUUCUUUACAGCACAACUGUUUAUCCAAAGCUUCUGAUUGACUUUUUAUCUGAAAAACAGAUCAUAAAAUAUUCAUCCUGCAUUUUUCAGUUAUUUUUGUUUUAUUCUGUAGGUGGUACAGAAUUCUUAUUGAUAGCAACCAUGGCCUUUGAUAGAUAUGUGUCAAUAUGUAAACCUCUGAGGUAUCCAAUUAUUAUGAGAAAAACUACUGUGAAACUUCUUCUGGUUGUAGCUUGGUUUUUACCUGCUUGUUACAUUGGAGGAGAAGCAAUACUGAUCGCUGAAGCUAAAAUAUGUAACUUAAAUCUGAAUGGCAUAUUCUGUAACAAUGCAAUUUUUACUCUUCAAUGUGUGAGAUCCACACCACUUACAAUAUUUGGCAUUGUUACAUUAAUAAAUGUUGGACUAGUUCCUAUGCUCUUCACUGUAUUUACAUAUGCAAAUAUAUUAGUAAUUUCUUAUAAAAGCUCAAAAACAUUUAGAAAAAAGGCUGCUGAGACCUGUGUGCCACAUCUGCUGGUUUUAAUCAGCUUCUCCUAUUUGUCUACAUAUGAUGUAGUUAUAGCUAGAAUACAAUCAGAUUUACCAAAAACUGCACGCUUUAUAAUGACUUUGCAAAUAUUUCUGUAUCAUCCUUUAUUCAAUCCAUUUAUAUAUGGAUUAAAAAUGAAGGAAAUUUCUAAACACUUAAAAAGAAUGUUCUCAAUGAAAAAACUAGGUUAAGUUGAGUAUCUUUAUUUAUUUAUUUUAUUUCCAAGCCUAAUUUUAGGAAUGACUAUUGUUUGGGAACUAUACACAGAUCCAUCUAUCAUUUUGAGCAGGUUAUGAAUAUUUAACAUUGUGAAUGAGAUUGUGUUUGUGUUGCAGCUUUUUUCAUUGCUGCUAAUUGCUUCCUUUUCAUCUCUACUUUUCUUUUCAUCAAGAUUGUGUUUCAUCUAAUAUCUGU